GCCUCAUGAUCUGUGCCGACAAUACUGACAUCGUAUAGGCGGAUCGCAAAGACUUGCCCUCAGUAUUCAGGAUAAUGAUCAUGUAUAAAGAUGCUAGGCAAGUCUCUUCGAGAUGUGCUUCUUUUCUGUACUCAUCAUCAUCCUCUCAAAUCUUGCAGCAAGCAAAGAUCACCAAUCUACGAACAUCAGACUCAACUCUCGAGUUAGCCCCUUCGUGACGUUCAAGAUCCACAAGCCCCUCAAAGGCACUUCAACAGAACAUACCUUUUAAACUACUAAAUACUUAUCACCAGCAAUGGCUCCCCUCGUCUGGCUCGUCACCGGCUCCACGUCGGGCAUCGGACUGGCGCUCAUCUCGGAGAUCACAGCCCGUGGUGAUAAUGUCAUCGCCGCUGGCCGCAAGGUCGAGCAGCGCCUCAGCCACCUCAAAUCUGACAAUGUGGCCCUCCUCGAGCUCGACAUCACGGCCGACCAGGCCGACAUCUCGGACGCCCUCGCAGCGGCCUGGACCAUCUUUGGCGGCGUCGAUGUCCUGGUCAACAACGCGGGCAUGUCGGCCCUGAAGCCGGCCGAGGAGGCCACGGCCGCCUUUGUCGACAACAUGUUCCAAGUCAACCUGUUUGGCCACAUGCGCGUCGUCCAGGCGGCCCUCCCACUGUUCCGCGCCCGCAGCCCCGGCGAGUUUUCCGGGGAGACGGGACGCAUCGCCUUCACGUCAUCCAGCAUUCUGUGGGCCCCCCUGCCUUUCAUGUCGCACUACGCCGCCUCCAAGGCGGGGCUGAGCGCAUACGUAGAGGCGCUGCACAAGGAAGUGCGGCCCCUGGGGAUCCGCUGCGUCGCCAUCGAGUGCGGCGGCUUCCCCACCAGCCUGGGCCAGCCGCGCGAGGGAGGGGCAGGGGAGUCGUUUGGUGCCAGCGGGCCGGCCAUCGAGGCCUACGGCCCGCUGUUCGGCACGCUCAUGUCCAAGUUUGCCACGAACCCCAUGGCUCACAUGCCGGGGGACGUGGGCAAGGCGGCCGCCCGCAUCGUCGACAUGCUCAGACGCGAGGGCUUAGCGGCAGGCAAGCCUUGGGCGGUGCGCGUGGCGCUCGGAUCUGACGGCAUGGGGUCGGCCAAGCAGCGCUGCGAGCAGCAGCUGAAGCUCGUCGAGGGCUGGAGAGACCUGAGCUUGAGCACCGACCGGGAAGAUGGGAAUGGAGAGUCGGUGGCUCUCAAAGAGAUGUUUGAGUUCAACAACCUGUUGGAGGAGGACUAGCACUUACAUGCUGCGGCCUGCGCAAUGAUUGCGCCAGCGGGUCUUGAAAGAGGUACAGAUCUUAUAACAGACUUUGUGAUUUACUGAUUUUGGGUGUGCGCGGAAAUAUACCCAUCCAGCCAG